AUUCAAAUUGAGUGGAAAGCUGAAGAGGUCAGUUGAUGAGCGGGCGCUGCCUCAGGGUGAGGAACGCGAGUUGGGUCCUGCUGGUGUAGCUGCCUCCGCCAUGGCCCACAAGCAGAUCUACUACUCCGACAAGUACUUCGACGAGCACUACGAGUAUCGACAUGUGAUGUUACCCAGAGAGCUUUCAAAGCAAGUACCAAAAACCCAUCUAAUGUCUGAAGAGGAAUGGAGAAGACUUGGUGUCCAGCAAAGUCUUGGCUGGGUCCAUUACAUGAUCCAUGAGCCAGAACCACACAUCCUUCUCUUUAGACGACCUCUUCCGAAAGACCAACAAAAAUGAACUUUUUUUCUGGAAAACUUCUAUUAAAUCUUCUGGAACUUUAUGUAUAUGAGUGUAUAUAUGUUGGUAGUAUUCAGUGAAUACUUGAAAAAAAUGUACAAAACAUACAUCCGUAUCUGUGCAUGAGCUGUAUUAUUCACAGCAACAGAGCUCAGUCAAAUGCAAUUCCAAGUAGGCUGCUAUGGUGUCUAAAGAAUAAAAACCUAUUCCUUUACUGUAAUAUAAAUGCCUAUUUGACUACUUAUUAAAUUUUGUUUAAUAAAGUGUUCAUGUUGCAUGUGUAUGUCCUGACUAUAGACUUUCACUUAUUACAUGAUCUUUUCUUUAGAAACUUAGUUUCAAUACUGAGCAGCUCUGUACAGCAUUGUAAUUACAAAUGUUUGACUAGUUCGAAGCCCGUGGCUUCCCAACUUCACAAUGGAUCUGAAGAAAUAAACACUGACUCUCAAUUUUA